CUUUCAUCACAUAUUAAAAAAACUAGUGCUUGCAGAUGGAACAACUUCGUUACACCUUUUCCUUUUUGAACUCUUGGACAUCAUAUUCAGUAUACGAGUUACUUGGUUUGUUGUGAACCAAUGGACAGUAUCGGUUCACUUUACAGGCCUCUGAAUGGUUCAUCAGGUUCAGAUGAGCCUGUGUCUUCUCUUACCAAUGCUGGAUUUUUCAGUAGAAUGUCAUUUUGGUGGCUGAAUCCUCUGUUGAAAUCAGGGUACAAAAAACCAUUACAGGAGAAGGAUAUUCCUACACUGGAUGAGGACGAUCGAACCGAGAACUGCUACUACUCAUUUCUUGGUGAGCUCAACAAACAAAGACAGACCGAGCAGAUUGAAUCCCGGACGAUUUGGAGGGCAAUCGUUUAUUGCCAUCGAAAAGAAAUCUUGGUCAGCGGUUUCUGCGCACUAGUUAAAGUACUCUCACUUUCAGCAGGGCCUGUGAUUCUCAAUGCCUUCGUCGAUGUUUCCUGGGGAGGAGAAGCUCAAAGAUACAAAGGUUAUGUCCUGGUUUUGUGCCUAUUUCUUGCUAAGUUCUUGGAGUCCUUAUCGCAAAGGCAGUGGUUCUUUCGUACCCGAAGAAUUGGAAUGCGGGUGAGGUCUUUGCUAUCGGCAGCCAUUUUCCGUAAGCAACUGAAAUUAUCGAACUCUGCGAAACAAGUACAUUCAUCUGGGGAGAUUAUGAACUACCUUGCGGUAGACUCUUACAGAGUAGGCGAGUUCCCAUUUUGGUUUCAUCAGAUAUGGUCGAUGGGUCUUCAGCUCUGCAUCGCCGUGAUGAUUCUAUUCAAUUCUGUGGGCCUUGCGGCGAUCCCAGCCAUGGUUGUUAUCGUACUGACCAUUGCUUGUAACACGCCGCUGGCGAAGCUUCAGCAUAAAUUUCAGACGAGGCUCAUGGUCGCUCAGGAUGCGAGGCUCAAAGCUACUUCCGAGGCUCUCUCAAACAUCAAAGUGUUGAAGCUUUACGCUUGGGAAUCGCAUUUCAGAAAAUCUUUAGAAGGUCUGAGAAAAACUGAGUUUAAAUGGUUGGUCGCGUCGCAGCUUCGUAAAGCUUAUGCUAACUUCCUCCUUUUGGCGUCUCCUCUAGUGGUGUCAGCUGCUACUUUCGCGACGUGUUAUUUUCUCAGUGUUCCCCUUUAUGCAGGAAAUGUUUUCACGUUUAUAUCAAUACUCCGACUUGUUCAGGAGCCAAUAAGGCAAAUUCCUGAAGUUAUCGGAGUUGUGAUUCAGGCGAAGGUAGCUUUUGCCCGAAUUGUUAAGUUCCUUGAUGCACCUGAGCUGCAGAAUAUGCAUUUUAAAAGGAAAUACUCAGCGGAUCAUGAGGCUCGAAUUGUGAUUGAGUCAGCGAGUUUUUGUUGGGGUGACAAUUCAGUGAAGCCUACGUUAAGGAAUAUAAACUUGGAGGUGUGCAACCGGGAAAAGGUGGCAAUUUGCGGCGAGGUUGGUUCCGGAAAGUCUACUCUUUUGGCAGCAAUUCUAGGGGAGAUUUCGCACACAGAAGGAGAGAUUCAAGUUAAUGGGAGAAUUGCAUAUGUUUCUCAAAAUGCAUGGAUCCAGACAGGAACAAUCCAAGACAACAUUCUGUUUGGUUCUCUGAUGGAUGAGCAGAGAUAUCAGGAAACAUUAGAGAAAUGUUGUUUACUUAAGGACAUUGAGAUGUUACCCUGUGGAGAUCUUACUGAAAUCGGAGAAAGAGGGAUAAAUCUCAGUGGAGGACAGAAGCAACGCGUUCAACUCGCUCGUGCCUUAUAUCAGGAUGCGGAUAUCUAUCUCCUUGAUGAUCCUUUUAGUGCCGUUGAUGCUCGUACCUCAACUAGACUUUUUAAUGAAUAUGUCCUUGGAGCUUUGUCGAAUAAAACAGUCUUGUUGGUGACUCACCAAGUUGACUUCCUUUCUGCGUUUAACUCCAUUUUGUUGAUGUUGGAUGGGGAAAUUAUAUUUGUUGCUUCUUACAACGAACUAUCGGCAUCCUGCAAAGAAUUUCAAGGUUUAGUCAAUGCACACAAAGAAGCUGCUGGGUCUGAAAAGUUCGGCCAAAUAAUUUCGCUGGAAAAGGAUAAGAGAUCUACAAGAAGAAGCACCGGUAACACCCAUGACAUUAAACAACCAAAGUUGAUGAAAACAAUGGGAGUGGAUCAAUUGAUUAAGCAAGAGGAGAAAAAAACAGGGGAUGGAGGUCUAAUGCCUUGCCUUCAGUACUUGAAACAGAAUAAGGGUUUCGUAUAUGCCUCUCUUGCUGCUAUUUCUCAUGUGAUAUUCGUUGCUGGGCAAAUCUCACAGAACUCGUGGCUGGCUUUUAGUGUUCAAAAUCCUGGAGUAGCCACAUCGCGGUUGAUCUCAGUGUACUUGGAAAUUGGGCUUACUGCAACAUUCUUCUUGCUGUUGAGAUCCGUAUUCGUAGUUGUUCUUGGUCUUCAAUCCUCGAAAUCUUUAUUUUCUCAUCUGCUAAAUUCACUGUUCCAUGCUCCGAUGUCAUUCUUCGACUCCACUCCUAUUGGUAGGAUACUCAGUCGGGCUUCUUAUGAUUUAAGUAUUGUGGACUUUGAUGUGCCAUUCAGUUUAGUAUACACCUUCUGUGCCAUUUUAACUGCAUUUAGCAAUAUCGGGGUGGUGGGUUCUGUUACCUGGCAAAUUUUGCUCGUCACCGUACCAAUUGUUUACAUAACUAUCCGCUUGCAGAGGUACUACUUAGCUUCUGCAAAGGAGUUAAUGAGAAUCGAGGGGACAACGAGAUCUUUUAUAGCAAAUCAUCUAGCUGAAUCCAUAUCGGGAGCGAAAAUAAUAAGAGCAUUCAAGGAGGAAGAACGGUUUUUCACUAAAAUGCUGAUGCUCGUUGAUAACAAUGCCAGUCCAUUUUUCCAAAAUUCUGCAGCAAAUCAGUGGCUUAUUCAACGAGUGGAGAUCAUGGGUGUCAUUAUCCUUUCAGCAUCAGCACUUGUCAUGGCUCUGCUUCCUCCAGGAACUUUUAGUUCAGGGUUUAUUGGAAUGGCUUUAUCCUAUGGUCUCUCAUUAAACAUAUCCUUCAUUGUUUCUGUUCAUUAUCUAUGCACACUUGAAAACCACAUCAUCUCUGUCGAAAGGCUUAAACAAUACAUGCGCGUAUCAAAUGAGGCACCAGAAAUUAUCAAAGGCAGAAGGCCUGCCCCCAAUUGGCCUGCUUUAGGUAGGAUAGAGCUUCAAAAUUUGCAGAUCAGGUACAGGCCAGACACCCCACUUGUACUCCAGGGGAUCAGCUGCAUAUUUGAAGAAGGCCACAAAAUUGGUAUCGUUGGAAGAACUGGAAGUGGGAAAACAACUUUGAUAAGCGCGUUGUUUCGUCUUGUUGAGCCGGCAGGAGGAAAGAUUGUUAUUGAUGGGCUCGAUAUCAUGAAAAUUGGGCUUUAUGACUUGAGAUCUCGUCUCGGGAUUAUCCCUCAAGAUCCUACUCUUUUCCAUGGUUCUGUCAGAUACAACCUAGAUCCUUUAGGACAUUAUUCAGAUCAGGAGAUAUGGAAGGUUCUCCGCAAAUGUCAGCUUCGAGAAGCUGUCCUGGAGAAAGAGAAGGGCCUAGAUUCUCUAGUUGUUGAGGAUGGAUCAAAUUGGAGCAUGGGCCAGAAGCAAUUAUUCUGCUUGGCACGUGCACUGUUGAGGAGAGGUCGCAUAUUGGUUCUCGAUGAGGCAACAGCAUCGAUCGACAAUAUCACUGAUGCGAUUCUUCAGAAAACCAUAAGAACAGAAUUUGCAGGCUGCACAGUCAUCACAGUUGCCCACAGGAUUCCAACUGUGAUGGACUGCACGAUGGUUCUCGCCAUAAGUGAUGGGAAACUGGUGGAGUACGAUGAACCAGGUAAACUGAUGAGAGCCGAGGGUUCCUUAUUCGGAGAGCUUGCCAAGGAAUAUUGGCAUCUUACUUCAAAAUGAAACUUCUUCAGUGUAAAAAUUCUCACUUGACCACCCUGAUGAGUUGAAAAUAAAUAAAGAAUCCUCCUCAUUUAUUUUCUCUUGGAUCUUUCUUUUAUUUCUCUUAUACUUUCUCGUUAUUUGACUGAAACUCCUAGUUCCGUGCUUUGAUGGGGAUAUGUCAUCGUCAACGAUUGUGUGCCUCCCUCGAAGCCAAUGAAUGCUUCUGUGCUGACCAAGACUUGUAGUGCAUAUCUGAAACGCAUGAAUUCACGCAAGAAGAUAGCAAUCAGUGAGUCAGUGACACUAACUCAAACGUUUUGCCAUGAAUUGAUUAAAAUUGAAGAUGAAAUGGUUUUCGAUGGAUAUGUUGGUUAAAAGCAUAGAAUGGACAUACCUCGUUGGUAUUUUAGAACUCUUACAAGAAGCCUGUACAUGUAUACUUAUGUGCUGUUAACACGUCACUACAACAAAAACUGUAAAUUAUGAUAUAUUUUUUAUCUCCAUGCGACAAAUUUUUAUGUCGGACAAAUAGAGCCCAA